AUGGAGGAGGAGCACGCCUCAGAUCAUGAAGAUGGUGCUAAUCCCAACACCAAUCCCUUUUUCCCGUUCUCUUCUGAAGUUGACUGGAGAGUGGCACGUUGGGCAGUGGAGGAGGGACCAGGGCAAAAGGCUUUUGAUCGCUUUCUAGCCAUUCCUGAGAUCAAAGAACGCUUGGGACUGUCGUUCGAUAACACAAGAGGCAUACGAAAGAUUGUUGACUCUAUCCCCCCUCGUGCGCCUUGGAAGUCAGCCAAUAUAUCAUUGGCUGGAGAUCCUGGACAGAAGCACUUAGUGCAAUAUCGUGAUCCAGUCGCCCUGAUUAGCAGCCUCCUCUCCAAUCCCGCUCAUGCUUCCUCUAUGGUGUAUGCACCAAAGAAGGUGUAUACGAACUCAUCCAAAUCAAAGCGGGCAUAUUCAGAGAUGUGGACCGGGAAAUGGUGGCAUGCUGUUCAGGUAUGCAUCUCUGCUGGUCUUCCCAUUGGAUCUACAGUUGCACCGAUCAUCAUCUCUACGGAUAAAACACAGCUUACUCAAUUCUCCGGAAGCAAGCAAGCGUAUCCUAUCUACCUGACUAUUGGCAACUUACCAAGAUCCUUGAGGCGUCGUCCUUCUGAGCAUGCGACUAUGCUUCUUGGCUAUCUCUCCACCGACAAGAUCAUAUCAUCAAAGCUGUCUAAGGAGGAGAAGAGGAAGAAAACCCAACGCCUUUUCCAUGAGUCCAUGCGCCAUAUCUUGAAGCCUCUCAAAGACGCUGGGCAGCAGGGAGUGGAGAUGAUUUGUGGAGAUGGGGCGGUUAGGAGGGUUCAUCCAAUCCUUGCAUGCUACGUUGCCGAUUAUCCUGAACAGAUCCUGGUGACUUGCUCGAAGUCAGGGACCUGUCCUAAAUGCCGCUGUCGAAAUCAGGACCUAGGAGAUCCUGAAACUUCGCCUCUUCGUACAAAAGAAUGGACUACUGGGAUUAUGUCAGAAGCACGUAGUGAAACCACCACUGAUAGAGAGUAUUCAAGGUACUGCAUGAACCAUGAUGUCUCUGGCGCCAUUCAGGAACCUUUCUGGCAAGAUUUCCCCUUCUGUGAUAUUCACAUCUGCAUCACCCCGGAUGUCCUCCAUCAGCUCUAUCAGGGCGUCUUCAAGCAUAUUCUAGAGUGGUGCACUUCCAUGAUGGAUGAGAAGGAGCUGGACAGGCGAAUAAGAAGCUUCCCUCCUGGCUGCGGCGUUAGAAUCUUCAAGAACGGCAUCUCAACUCUGUCUCAGAUCUCUGGCACCGAGAGGAAGAAUAUGGCGAAAGUUCUCCUUGGUUGCCUUGUCGGAAAACUUCCUGAAGCUGCUAUUCUUGCUGUACGAGCUCUUCUGGACUUCAUCUACCAGGCGCAAAAUAAGACUCACGACGAUGAUACUCUGGCAUACCUAACUGAGGCUCUGGACUUAUUCCACUCCAAUAAGCACGUCUUCAUUGAAGUGGGUAUUCGAGACGACUUCAACAUCCCUAAAUUCCACUCCCUUCUCCAUUACAUUGAUUCAAUCCGCCUAUUCGGAACAACUGAUAACUACAAUACAGAGAUGUUUGAGCGCCUUCACAUUGACUUUGCUAAGGAGGGCUGGAGGGCUAGUAAUCACCGUGAUGAGCGCCCUCAGAUGGUCUCUUGGGUUGAACGCCAGGAGAAGAUGACAUCUUUUGACUGCUACGUGGAGUGGCGUAAUAGAUCUGGGCCAUCUUCUGUUGCAGGCUCAGUUUCUUUGACCAGCUUUGCAGUGAAGAUGGCUAAGCGCCCUGCUGCUGCAAGUCAAGCUCUUCAAGUGGUCGAACUUCGACACUCGGCACCUGGCUUUACCAAGGAGCUCAAGAGGUAUCUUCUACGUCAGUCUACUUUGCCUCAGCAGGAUGGAAGACCUGGCGUUCAGAACUCCAUCCUCCCAUUCAAUCAUAUCGAUGUCUACUAUAAUCUCAAGUUACGCCCAGUAUCCAUACAUGAUGAAGAAGCACCCUGGGAUAUCCUGAAAGCUCUGCCUGCUGAAGGUACAAAGGAAGCUAGAUUCGAUACUAUCAUAGCCAUUGUGAGUGAAGAUGCGGAGUCCACAGGAUUGGAAGGAACACGAAUAGGGCGUGUUAAGAUCAUAUUUCGUCUGCCAAAGUCCUUCGCUCAAGAUAUCCUAUCCCCAUGGAGGAAUGAACCUCUUUUAUACGUUGAGUGGUUCAGCCCUUUGAGGUCAACAGCGGGCAAGAAUCAUAUGAUGUAUGAAGUCAACAAACCUCCUGCUAGAGUGGAUGGUUCCAGACCCGGCGCAAUCCUGUCCCUCAAGGAAAUUAGGCAAACUUGUCAGCUGAUACCUAGGUUUGGUAGGGAAGAUAUUUCGCCAGACUGGUGCUCAAGCAAUGUAUUGGACAAAUGCUCAUCAUUCUUUGUAAAUAAUUGGGCUAGUCUAUAUGCCUAUCAGACUAUCUGGUAA